AUGUCUCACUUAACAGCCUUACUAAGAAAGAACUACAUAUUAUGGAAAAGAAAUUGUUGUUGUUCUGUAUGCGAAAUAUUACUUCCACUAUUUUUCAUCGGCCUAUUGUUGACUAUCAGGUAAAUAUUUAACAUAAAAAAUAGAGUACAAGUAGAAAUUGAUGAUAUAGCUGAAUCAUCUUAUUUAAAAGUAGAAAAAGAUUCCGAUCUUCCUAGAGUGAUUGCACCAAAUUUGAUUAAUUUUCCAAAGAAUCCUAAUUAAGACACUGAGAAAUUGCUAAGCUCGCUUCCUUAGUUAAAGUAAGAGUUUCAGUUAUAGUUAAGGAAUUGUAUAGAUAAUUCAGAUUAUCAGGGAGCCUCAUACAGAAAUGGAUUAAUAGGUAUUGGACCAGAAGAGAAUGAAGUGGCUUAAAAAUUAUCAACUUACUUUGUUGAUUAUUAUGGAUAUGAAGUGAAAUGGUUCGAAAAUAAUGAGGAAAUAGAUAAUUAUGUUAGAUCAGAGGGAUAUAAUAAGUUAGAAAAUUACAGAGGACUCUGCUUGGCAAUAAUAUUUGAAAGAGAUGAUUUUGCAUAGAUGAAUUUUAGUUAUACUUUAAGAUUCAACACUUCAGAUUCAACUGACUAUAUAGAGUAUCCUCUAAAUAGAAAGGAUAAGAUAAAUUCAUUUAAAUAGUAAAUAUUUGUGAAUAUAUUAUUAGUGAGGAUUAAGAAAUCACAUAUUUAUUUUAUAAGAAUGGAUUUUUAACAAUUCAAAAUUGGAUUGAUAAUUUAAUUAUUCAAUAAUAUGAUCCAUAAAUAAGUAUAGAACCAACUUUAAGUCAUGUGAGAUCAAGAGAUCAUAUAGAAGAUAAGUUUCCAGAAUUUGUAAAUGGAGCAUAUGGAAUCUAUUUGGCAUUACCUUUGAUGAUUGUAUUUUUAAGAAUGACACAUGGAAUUAUUUAUGAGAAAGAGAAGAAGUUAAGAGAGGGAAUGAAAAUUAUGGGAUUAAGUAAUACUUAAUUUUAUUUAUCAUGGAUAAUUCAAUAUGUAAUAAUCUAUGGAAUAAUAGCAGCAUUGGCAACAGCAAUACUAAGUAAAUUUAUAUAAAUAAUAUUUUUAGAAAGUAUGAUAUUUGUUGAAUCUGGUUGGGGAUUUGUAUUUUUAAAUUAUUACUUGUUUUGCUUGGUUUUAAUUGUUUAAUCACUUUUUUUGUCAGUAUUUUUCUCAUAAGCUUUAACAGGACUUAUUGUUUCAAUAGUUUGGUAUUUACUUAUGUUUUUAAUGUUGAACUUGGUACCUGGAAAUGCUAUUCCAAGCAGAAGUUAAUAUUGGGGGGUAUCAUUUUCAAGCCAAGCUUCCUUAUCAUUUUCAUUUGGUGUCAUUACAUUAAUGGAAUCAUAAGGAAAUGGAUUCGAUGGAUCGAAUUUAACAACCACUAUCAAUAAUUAUAGUAUUUCUAUAGCUUGGACUUGGCAUCUAAUCAAUAUUAUUGCAUAUUUGAUUUUAGCCAUAUAUUUAGAUUAAGUAUUUCCAAAUGAAUGGGGAGUUAAGAAACAUCCAUUAUUUUUCAUUAGUUGGAUAUGGGAAAAAAACAGAAUGGAUAGAGUAAGUCAUUCAUCAAUGGUUUUGGAAAGAAUGAACACACAUGAUGAUAAAUUUGAAGAAGUUGAAUAAGCUUUAAAAGAAUAAGAAUUAAAAAAUGAAGCACUUAUUAUUAAAGGAUUAUAUAGAACAUAUCCUAAUGGCAAAUAGGCUGUUAGUAAUCUCAAUUUAUCUAUGUACUAAGGAUAGAUAUUUGCAUUAUUAGGGCAUAAUGGUGCUGGUAAGACAUCAACUAUCUCUAUGCUCACUGGAUUAUUGGAAAUUACAAAAGGAGAUGUUAUUGGUUAUGGCUUUGAUGUCAAAUCCUAAUUAUCAGAACUUAGAAAAAUUAUGGGAGUAUGUCCUUAGCAUGAUAUCCUUUUUGAUAAUCUUACAGUGAAAGAACAUUUGGAAUUGUUUGCUUAAUUCAAAGGAAUGAAAUCAAGUGAAAUUUCUGAUUAGAUAACUAAAAUUAUAGCUGAUGUUGAUUUGACUGAUAAAACAGAUUAUUUAAGCAAAAAUUUAUCUGGUGGUUAAAAACGAAGAUUAUCAGUUGCUAUAGCAUUUAUUGGAAAUUCAAAGUUAGUAUAUUUAGAUGAACCUACUUCAGGAAUGGACACAAGUGCAAGAAGAUAUAUUUGGGAAAUGUUAAAGAAUUACAAAGAUAAUAGAAUUAUUGUAUUAACAACUCAUUUUAUGGAUGAAGCAGAUUUCUUAGGUGAUAGAAUUGGUAUUAUGGGUGAAGGUAAAUUACUAUGUUCCGGAAGCAGUGUAUUUUUAAAAAAUAGGUUUGGAGUAGGAUAUAAUUUAACUUUAGUAAAAGAUAGUACAUAGGAUGAUUCAUAAUAAAUUAUAGAUAAUAUAACAAAAUACAUUAGCACUGCAAGUGUUUUAUCAAAUGUUUCAGCUGAAGUAGUAAUGUAAUUGCCAAUAGACUCAGUCGAUAAAUUCCCAAAUUUAUUUGAAUAUUUAGAUAAAAAUAUGAAAAGUUUACAUAUAGCCACAUAUGGUAUUAGCAUAACAACAUUAGAAGAAGUCUUUUUAAAAGUAGCAAAGAUAGGAGCUGGACAUGAACAGGUAGAUGAUGUAUAAAAUAAAGAGAAGAAUGAUGAGAUAGAUUAAAAUGUAGAUUUAAACAUUCAAAAAAUUGAAGGGUGUUUUUAAACUUUCUUUUUACAUUUGCUUGCAUUAAUGUAAAAGAGAUUUAGAAUAUUCAAAAGGGAUACAAGAGGAUUAAUUUGUGAAAUAUUUGUACCAAUUUUAGUAGUAAUAUGUGGAUUAGCAAUAAUGACUGUAAAAUGGAUGAAAGAUGAUGAUUUAGCUAUCAUUACACCAUAGAAUCUAUAUGAUGAUUAAAAAUUAUAAUUGUUUUGGGGAGGAGAUUAAACAGGUUUGGAUUUAAUGUAAUAUUUUUCGACUGAUGAUUGGAAUAUUGAAAAACUAUCUUCAAAUAUAGAAUAAGCAGAUAAAGAAUACUUUGAUUAAUUUGGAUUAAGAGAUAGUCCAGGAUGGUACUUCAUUAAUUAAUUGAUUGGAUCUACAUACUAAUAUUGGUUUUUAUAAAAUUCAGUGUUUGUAUAAAGUUCUCCACUUUUAUUAAAUUAGAUGAAUUAAGCAAUUUUAAGGAAAGUUACAAAUACAGCAACAGCUAAACUAGAAUUAGCAUUUUAUCCAUUCCCAUAAACUCAUAAUGAAAAAAGUAUUGAUUAAUCAGUAGCAGGAUAUUUAUCAGCUUUUAUAUUUUCAAUAGGUUUUGCAUUUAUUCCAGCAUCAAUCAUAUCAUUCAUAGUAAAAGAAAGAGAAAUCAAUAUAAAACAUUAGUAAUUGGUAUCUGGAGUAUCAGUAUUAGCUUAUUGGGCAAGUAAUUGGAUUAUUGAUAUUGUAAAACAUUUGAUACCAGCAAUUGUAAGUGCAUUAAUGGUAUUAGCAUUUGAUAUUGAUGCCUUAAUUUCAGAUGGUAAUUAUGGAGCAGUAUUUUUAUUCUUUAUUUUAUAUGGAUGGGCUAUUAUACCUUUUAGUUAUGUAUUAAGUUUUUUUUUUAGAGUACCUGGAAAUUCAUUAUUAUCAUCUUUUUUCAUUCAUCUUGUAUUUGGAUCAAUUAUUAGUAUUGUUAUUUACGUAUUCUUUUUAAUUGAAUCGACUAGAGAUGCUGCUUCAUAUUUAGUUUGGAUUUUUAGACCUAUCCCCUCAUUCUCUUUUGCUUUAGGAUUAUUGAGAACAAGUCUUAAAUAAUUCUUUGAAUUAAUAUUCUAAAAUUCAAUUACACCACCUAAUACUUUUGCCAUGAGAGUUGCAGGUGAAGAUUUACUUGUACUUGCAAUCAGUGGAAUGGGUUAUAUGAUAAUCGUAUUUAUUUUGGAAUUCUUUGAAGAUAAUGGUUCAUUAUAAAAAUUAGGAUCUAAUGAAGCAUCUAUACCCUAUAAUCCAAAAAUACUUGAUGAUGAUGUUGAAAAAGAAUAAUAACUUUGUUAAAAUUAUAAACCGUAAGAAUAAGCAAUUCUAGUUAGAAAUCUUAGAAAAGUUUUUAUGUUAGAAAAAAAGUAACAUAAAGUUGCUGUUGACAAUAUUUCAUUUUCUGUUGCUAAUGGAGAAGUAUUCAGUUUAUUAGGUGUUAAUGGUGCUGGUAAAACUACUACUUUCAAAAUAUUAUCAGGAGAAUUAAAACCCACUUCUGGAUUAGCUUAUGUUGCUGGAAAUAGUGUUAUUGAUUAAAUUCAAGAUGCUAGGAAAAAUAUUGGAUAUUGUCCAUAAUUUGAUGCAUUAUUAGAUAAUCUAACUGUUUCAGAACAUUUAGAAUUGUUUGCCAAAAUUAAAGGAAUUUCUAAUGCACAUCUCCAUGAAUUAGUUGAAAAAAAAAUGGUUGAAAUGGAUCUUAAAAGAUUUGAAUCUGUUGAGGCUGGAUAAUUAUCAGGAGGUAACAAAAGAAAAUUAUCAGUUGCUAUUGCUAUGAUUGGAAAUCCACCUAUCGUAUUUCUUGAUGAACCAUCAACCGGUAUGGAUCCAGAAGCUAGAAGAUUCAUGUGGAAUGUUAUUUCUAGAAUCUCUACUUAAAGAAAAUAAAGCUCAAUCAUUUUAACUACCCAUUCUAUGGAAGAAGCUGAAGCAUUAUCUACUAAAAUUGCUAUUCAAGUAGAUGGUAAUUUAAGAUGUUUUGGUACUGUUUAACAUGUUAAAAAUAAAUAUGGUUAAGGAUAUGAAGUUGAAAUUAAAUUAAAAAAACCUUAAAUUAAUAUACUAGAUUAACUUAUCAAUGAAAUGGGAUUGAGUAGAGGAAUUAAACUUAAUUAGUCAGCAACUCUUAGUUCUUUGUAAAAAAUCAAUUAAGCACAAUUAAUGAAUUUAAUCCAACCUAAAGAAUCAGGAUCACAUUUGUAUAAUGAUUUAAAUAGACAUGGAAUUAGUGUUGAAACAUUAGCAGAAUAUAUUCUUGUUGAAUAGAAUGGAAAGCAAUUAUUGGACUUUAUACAAUAACAACUUGGAUAAUACGAAGUCAUUGAACACUUCUAAACAUUUUAUAGAAUUAGAUUACUAUCCAAUAUUUCUGCUGGAAAAUUGUUUUCAGCUUUUGAAAAAAAUAAAUAACAAUUGUCUAUUUCUUAAUACUCUAUUAAAUAAGCCUCCAUUGAAUAAAUAUUUAACAUUUUUGCAAAACAAGACUUAUAAUCAAAGGAUCAAAAAUAAGAGUAGGUUCAAAUUUAAGUUUAAUCAUGA